GCUAAGAGCCAGAGACUGUCCCUCUCGUUUUCAUCUCUAAUUGUCUCCACCCAGUACUUCAAGCAGCUAUCAAGAGUGUUCUCGAGGUGUCCGUACAGAAUUGCUUCUCUUAGGACACACCUCAAAAAAGUGUGGUUUCAGAUAUUCGUGAUCAAGUUCUCCGAGUGAUUUGAGUAUCCGAGUUAUCCGUCUGUGAUUGUGACUGGAAGUAUUCAGCGCAGCAAAACGCUCAAGAUAGCAUUCACUUCUCUCGACUUCUCCU